AUGGCAGCUAUUGCCAGCGGUUUGAUCCGACAGAAGAGACAGGCACGGGAACAACAAGUCCACCGGCCGACGCCACACCGACGGAGGCGAAGCCCCAACAAGAAUAAAGGACUUUGUAACGGGAAUUUGGUCGACAUCUUUUCCAAAGUGAGAAUCUUCGGCUUGAAGAAGAGACGGCUACGGAGACAAGGUGUGGGCAGAGGGGAAAGCGCGGGAGACGCAUGGACACAUACAUUACGGUUGUAAUUAUGCGCGAGGGAGAGAGUAGGCUGACGUUAGCUCCAACGGUUCAAUAGUUUACCCCUACAUGCAUUAAUAAAAACAGGUAGUUAACGAAAGUAGCCUAAGCAGUGUGGCCGGUAAGUUUGACCACAUUGCUGUUUCAUUCCUUACAAAUAUAGUUCUUGUGAUAACGUUGACGCUCUCGUCCUCUUGAUAAGGCUUCAAAUGACGCCUUUUAAUUAGCCUAGGAGUUGUGACUUUUGUGGGGAAAUAAAGAUUUCUAGCCUAAUCUUUCCUUGAUUGGUUUAUUGCUGAUUGCUAGUUUGAGUGAAGGGUUUGAGUCAGACAAAAUCGAUAUUUCAGUUAGGUGUUACAUACAGAUUAAAAUACGUUUGAGGGUUGGAUAGCUGUAUCAGGUUGCCAUAUUAAAUAUCUCACCAAACUUGAAAAUAUUUCAGUUGGCCAUCUUAUAGGUAUUUAUCACAGAACUUGAAUUAUGUUGAGUCAAAGAACUGAGACUGGUUUUGACAUGUAGCCUACUGAAUUUGACAUAUCUUGAUUCAUACAUACAGUAUAGCUGACACCACCAAUAUAAGAGAAUUACAUUUUUUCCCUCAUCAAUGACAAGCUCUGUAUGACAGUGGGUAACUGGCAUGACUGGUCUCAGGAGACGGGGGGACUGACUGUGAGCGCAGCAACCUCAGUCAAGUGACAGCCAUUUUGUCAAAGCCAGUGACAUUCAGUGCAACCUGUGGCCUCUUAGAUGAUGGGGUGCAUGCAUGCAGAACACAGUACAGUCUGAGACACAUGCUGUGUGUGUGUGUGUGUGUGUGUGUGAGUGUGUGUGUGUUUGUGUGUGUAUGUAGUUGAGAGGAGUUGCCUCAAGCAUCCUGUCAAAAAUUAAGUAUAAAAUCAGGGUUUCUUAACCUCGGGGUGAGCAAGGGGUAAGGGGAGUGGGAAGAGGAGGGGUGUGAAGAUGAGGAGAGGUGUGAAGGGAGAGAGAGAAGAGGAGAGGUGUGAAGGGAGAGGAGAAGAGGAGGAGAGUGGAAGGAGAGGGAGAAGAGGAGGAGAGGUGUGAAGGGAAAGGGGAAGAGAAGGAGAGGUGUGAAGGGAGAGGAAGUGGAGAGGUGUGAAGGGAGUGGAGAGAGAAGGAGAGGUGUGAUGGGAGAGGGAGAAGAGGAGGAGAGGUUGAGGAGGAGGUGAGAGGUUGUGAAGGGGAGAGGAGGCGAAAGCGAAGGGGGGAGGGUAAGGAGGAGAGGGUGGGAGGGAGAGAGAGAAGAGGGAGGGGGGGGGAAGGAGAAAGAGAGGAGGAGGAGAGGGUGAAGGGAGGGGGACCGCGCGGAGAGAGGGGGGGGAGGAGAAGGAGGAAGGUGUGAAGAGAGAGGAAAGAGAGGGAGGGGUGAAGGAAGGAGAAGAGGAGAGGUGUGAAGGGAGAGGGAGAAGAGGAGGAGGAUGUGGGGGGGAUGGAAAUGGAAGAGUGGAUGCAAUGGCAGAUGGAGAGGAGAGAGAAGGAUGGAAACAUCCCAUUUGUUCACCAUUCAUUUUUCAGUAAGACAGAGAAUAGGUAAUGUCUGCUUUGAUUCCAGAAGGAAGACUGCCCCUCCACUCUUCUCUCGGGAGAGCCCUCCGAGCGGGUAGGAAGAGAAGAGGCUAUCCUCUCCCCUUCCUUUCUUCCUCUCUCUCGCUCUCUCUCUCUCUAUCUCUCUCUAUCCUCUCUGCCUCUCUCUCUCUCUCUCCUCUCUCUCUCUCCUCUCCCUCUUCCCUAGCUCCCUCUCCACAUACUUCCCUCUCCAUAUCUUAUGUCCUUCAUCUACCAUUUUCUCUCCAUUGUCUCCUCUGUUUUUGAUACAGUAUAUCUCUCUAUCUUUAUCUCUUUCCAAAUCUCCAGUCUGACCCAUCUGCUUUCUGAACAUUCUCAACCAUCUAAUUGAACAAGCGGUCACACCAGCUGUUAUCUAGAAGGCUGGAGUCAUUCUGAUACACUCUCAGCUGACAUUUAGGGAUCUAAGAAUUCUCAGAAUGUAAAGAUGAAAACUUCUGUGGUAUCCCUAUCUGAUAUCUGAGGGAGUUUAACAUGGCUACGUGUGUGUGUGUGUGUGUGUGUUGGAGGGGAGGUUUAAUCUCUUAAUCUUAUUGCUCAGAGUGUGAUGGGGACUCUCCCUUCCUCUCUCUCCUCCUUCUGUUCCUUUCCUCUCCUCUCCUUCACACCUCCUUCCACUAUUCACCUCCACUAUUCCUCCCUCCCUCCCUCCAUCCCUCCCUCGCCUCUGCUUCCAGCUGUGGUAGCUUCUGGUUGAAGCCUGGCCAUAUAUCCUCAGGCUCUCUCCUCUCUCCUCCCUCCUCCCUCCUCUCUCCUCCUCUCUCCUCUCCUCUCCUCUCUUCUCUGCUCUCCUCUCUCCUCUCUACUCCUCUCUCUUCUCUCCUCCUCUCUCCUCUCUUCUCCUCUCUCCUCUCUCCUCUCUCCUCUCCUCCUCUCUCCUCUCUCCACUCUGACUGUGUGACUGGGUCUGAAUCCUGGCGACACACACAAGGUUUUCUGAAGGGCAAACAUAAACUCUACUUCUCUCUUUCCAUCUUUCAUUCUCUCUCUCUUCCUCUCUCAUCGGUAAUGUUCAAAUACUGUCAAAAGCCACCCUCUCCUCUUCUGCUUCUUGAAGUACUGGAAAAUGUGUUCUUCCUUCUUACAUUCACACCUUCCUUGAAGUAGUCACAAAUAGCAGAAAUCAUUCAUUGGUCAUAGAAUUCCUAGUACAUGUAUGUUACAGGAACAUCCACCAUCUGUAGUUGACCUGAGAGCCCAUGUAGAAUCCAGAUAUUCCUGAUUUAGAGUAGCCUACCACUGAGGACAAAUACUGUAACGAUUGCUCUCGCGCAACACAGAAUCUUAUGAUAUUGACAUUUUGAUUUAUGGCGACAUGCAUUAUUCAAUACAUGUUCUAUUCAAUAGAUCAAUAUCAUUUUGAUGAAAAUGAUAUGGAUCCUCAUGGGGAGGAUAACCGGAGAUUAACCGGUGUUGGAACAACGCAGACAAAGACGGGGGAAUACCUUCCUCUGGAAAAGCAGACAGGGACAUCGGAAUCACGAGACUGUAUCCAUGGCAACCCAUACAAACCCAUACAUAGAGGGAAUCCUGGACCAGUAUCCCUAGUAACAGACAGGAUAUGGGAAUCUGGGAAAAUGUGGAUUUCUCCCUAGUAACACACAGCAGGUCAGAGAGGAAGGAAAGAGACCCUCCCUGUUGAAACAGACAGAAUUCCCAAAGUUAGUUCCUUCUAAGCUAAAAUGUUAAGAAAUACAAUUCCCAUUAGUCAGAUUUAUGGAAGCUUGGGAAUUCUGUAUCUGUUUUGGGUCCUCUUGACCAAGUGUUUCCCUUGAAAAGGAGAUGCACUUUAGGAAAAGGGCUUUGUUUUUCCCACAUUCCAUGUCAUGUUUGACUCUAUGCAGAUUUGAACUAUGUAAUGCUACAGAGGCUCAGGGAGACAAGACCCAGGAGAGUCUAGUUAAGGUACAGAUGUGUCUUCCUGAUACCCUCACUGUCUCUGAGUGGAAGUCAAUGGUCUGGUAAACACUCUUUAAUUUAACACUCAUACGGAACAGGGUUUCCAUAAGGAGACACACACACACAGAGAGAGAGAGAGAUACUCAUUAAGGUAUUAGAGGAAGCCCUGACACACUCAAUUAAACAGUGUUUAAAUAGGUCUCUCUAAGUGAAUCUGUACUGUUGAAGUACUUUUAGAGCAUAACCUACACUACUCUCAUCUCAGUGACUCCACCUCUAUCUCCUCCUCAUGUCUACUCUGUUCUCAUCUCAGUGACUCCACCUCUAUCUCCUCCUCAUGUCUACUCUGUUCUCAUCUCAGUGACUCCACCUCUAUCUCCUCCUCAUGUCUACUCUGUUCUCAUCUCAGUGACUCCACCUCUAUCUCCUCAUGUCUACUCUGUUCUCAUCUCAGUGACUCCACCUCUAUCUCCUCAUGUCUACUCUGUUCUCAUCUCAGUGACUCCACCUCUAUCUCCUCCUCAUGUCUACUCUGUUCUCAUCUCAGUGACUCCACCUCUAUCUCCUCAUGUCUACUCUGUUCUCAUCUCAGUGACUCCACCUCUAUCUCUUCAUGUCUACUCUGUUCUCAUCUCAGUGACUCCACUUCUAUCUCCUCCUCAUCUCUACUCUGUUCUCAUCUCAGUGACUCCACCUCUAUCUCCUCAUGUCUACUCUGUUCUCAUCUCAGUGUCUCCACCUCUAUCUCCUCCUCAUGUCUACUCUGUUCUCAUCUCAGUGACUCCACCUCUAUCUCCUCAUGUCUACUCUGUUCUCAUCUCAGUGACUCCACCUCUAUCUCCUCAUGUCUACUCUGUUCUCAUCUCAGUGUCUCCACCUCUAUCUCCUCCUCAUGUCUACUCUGUUCUCAUCUCAGUGACUCCACCUCUAUCUCCUCAUGUCUACUCUGUUCUCAUCUCAGUGACUCCACCUCUAUCUCCUCAUGUCUACUCUGUUCUCAUCUCAGUGACUCCACCUCUAUCUCCUCAUGUCUACUCUGUUCUCAUCUCAGUGACUCCACCUCUAUCUCCUCCUCAUCUCUACUCUGUUCUCAUCUCAGUGACUCCACCUCUAUCUCCUCAUGUCUACUCUGUUCUCAUCUCAGUGACUCCACCUCUAUCUCCUCCUCAUCUGUACUCUGUUCUCAUCUCAGUGACUCCACCUCUAUCUCCUCCUCAUGUCUACUCUGUUCUCAUCUCAGUGACUCCACUAUCUCCUCAUGUCUACUCUGUUCUCAUCUCAGUGACUCCACCUCUAUCUCCUCAUGUCUACUCUGUUCUCAUCUCAGUGACUCCACCUCUAUCUCCUCAUGUCUACUCUGUUCUCAUCUCAGUGUCUCCACCUCUAUCUCCUCCUCAGUCUACUCUGUUCUCAUCUCAGUGACUCCACCUCUAUCUCCUCCUCAUGUCUACUCUGUUCUCAUCUCAGUGACUCCACCUCUAGUGACUCCACCUCUAUCUCCUCCUCAUGUCUACUCUGUUCUCAUCUCAGUGACUCCACCUCUAUCUCCUCAUGUCUACUCUGUUCUCAUCUCAGUGACUCCACCUCUAUCUCCUCCUCAUGUCUACUCUGUUCUCAUCUCAGUGACUCCACUAUCUCCUCCUCAUGUCUACUCUGUUCUCAUCUCAGUGACUCCACCUCUAUCUCCUCAUGUCUACUCUGUUCUCAUCUCAGUGACUCCACUAUCUCCUCAUGUCUACUCUGUUCUCAUCUCAGUGACUCCACCUCUAUCUCCUCCUCAUGUCUACUCUGUUCUCAUCUCAGUGACUCCACUAUCUCCUCAUGUCUACUCUGUUCUCAUCUCAGUGACUCCACCUCUAUCUCCUCCUCAUGUCUACUCUGUUCUCAUCUCAGUGACUCCACCUCUAUCUCCUCCUCAUCUCUACUCUGUUCUCAUCUCAGUGACUCCACUAUCUCCUCCUCAUGUCUACUCUGUUCUCAUCUCAGUGACUCCACUAUCUCCUCAUGUCUACCUUGUUCUGGUCAUUAGUAACGACUAAAUAGUAAUAGACGGUUAAAGGGAUUUUUCACCCCCAAAUGAAUUGACCAGACGUUUUCUAAGAUCUUCUAAAAUGUACUCUCAAGUGGUUGAAAGUUGAGCUGAACAGACAGACCACUAGUGUAGGGUGUUGGUAACCAUUCCUCCCAUCACACCCCUGUUCCUGGUGUGAAAGAUGGGAGCACCCGAAAACUGGAAAAUACCUUUCUCACUCUGUCUCACUCUUUCUCUAUUUCCCUCUCUCGCUAUUCUAAACUGGGUCAGUCUCGUCUGCAGUUAUAGUCUAUCAUGUUCAUUGGAGCAUACCUUUUUUUCUCUGACACACACACACACACACACACACACACACACCACCACCAACAACAACAACUACUUCAGAGGGGAUUCCUGUCACGAUCGUUGGUAAGAGAUGAGGACCAAGGCGCAGCGUUGCAGACGAACAUACUCUUUAUUUGUGAAAUACACGAUCAAAACAACAAAACGAUAACGUGACCGUCCACGGUCAAACACAAACCAACUAGCACAAGAUCCCACAACUAUUGUGGGAAAACAGCCUCUAUAAAUAUGGCUCCCAAUCAGAGACAACCAGCCACAGCUGACACUCGUUGCCUCUGAUUGGGAACCACUCUAGCCAACACAGAAAUACAACAUAUAGAAUAUACACACCCUGGCUCAACAUAUAGAGUCCCAGAGCCAGGGUGUGACAGUACCCCCCCCUAAAGGCGCGGACUGCGACCGCGCCUAAACGUACACAAACCAGGGGAGGGCUGGGUGGGCAUUCCUCCUCGGAGGCGGUUCCGGCUCCGGGCUUGACCACCACCCUUCCACCAUCCCCCCGUGGCGCCCCUGGUCCGGUCUGGCCCCGCUGGCUGGAGCUGGACCGGACAUCGUAGAAGCGGACCGCUUAGGCUCCGGUGUGGAGCCGCUGACCGGUACCUUACCAGGCACCGGUGACCCAGGCACGGGUUGUGCUGGACUGACGACGCGCACCCCUGGCUUGGUGCGUGGAGCCGGAACGGGCCGGACCGGGCUGACGACUCGCACCCCUGGCUUGGUGCGUGGAGUAGGAACGGGCCGAACCGGGCUGACGAUGCGCACCCCUGGCUUGGUGCGUGGAGUAGGAACGGGCCGAACCGGGCUGACGAUGCGCACCCCUGGCUUGGUGCGUGGAGCCGGAACGGGCCGGACCGGGCUGACGACUCGCACCCCUGGCUUGGUGUGUGGAGUAGGAACGGGCCGGACCGGGCUGACGAUGCGCACCCCUGGCUUGGUGCGUGGAGUAGGAACAGGCCGGACCGGGCUGGCGACGCACACCGUAGGCUUGGUGCGAGGAGCAGGAACAGGCCGGACCGGGCUGACGAUGUGCACCCCUGGCUUGGUGCGAGGAGCAGGGACAGGCCGGACCGGGCUGGCGACGCACACCGUAGGCUUGGUGCGAGGAGCAGGGACAGGCCGGACUGGGCUGGCGACGCACACCGUAGGCUUGGUGCGAGGAGCAGGGACAGGCCGGGCCGGGCUGUGGAGACGGAUAGGAGACCUGGAGUGAAGAGCUGCCACAACCCGUCCUGGCUGAAUGCCUACCUUCACACACUCUGUGUGAGGCAUCAGCACAGGACGUACAGGGCUGUGUACCCGUACUGGCAUAACAGCACGUGACACUGGCGCAGGAUAUCCGGGACCGAGGAGAGGCACUGGAGGCCACGAGCGCUGAGCCGGCACACUCCGUCCUGGCUGCAUGCCCACCUUCGCACAACACAUGCGGGGUGCUCGCACAGGACGUACCGGACUAUGCCGGACCACUCGUGGCACAGUACGCAGCUCCGCAUACCCCGGAACCUGACCAGUCUCAUGCUGCCAUGCCUGAGUACGGGGAGUUGGCUCUGCUCUCCAUCCAGGCUCCGCCAACCUGCCUUCUGGCCCCCCAAACCCGGUGGCCUCCUCUCCUAAUCUCCCAAUACAACCUGUGGCAGCCUCCUGCUGCCCAGUCGCCCAUGCCGUGUGCCCCCCCCCCUAAAAAAUUUCUGGGGUUGCCUCUCGUCCGUCCGACGACGACCCUGUUGACGCCGUUGCUCCUCUCUCGCCAGGGCCUUAAUCCUAGCCCAUGGCCCUUUGCCCCCGAGCAUGUCCUCCCAGGACCACGAUUUGCCCACCUGGGCCAUCGCCAACCUCUCCAGCUCCUUUCCCGGCGCUUCCUCCCAUGUCCAGGCCGCCUGCUCCUGGACACGCUGCUUGGUCCUGGUAUGGUGGGAUCUUCUGUCACGAUCGUCGGUAAGAGAUGAGGACCAAGGCGCAGCGUUGCAGACGAACAUACUCUUUAUUUGUGAAAUACACGAUCAAAACAACAAAACGAUAACGUGACAGUCCACGGUCAAACACAAACCAACUAGCACAAGAUCCCACAACUAUUGUGGGAAAACAGCCUCUAUAAAUAUGGCUCCCAAUCAGAGACAACCAGCCACAGCUGACACUCGUUGCCUCUGAUUGGGAACCACUCUGGCCAACACAGAAAUACAACAUAUAGAAUAUACACACCCUGGCUCAACAUAUAGAGUCCCAGAGCCAGGGUGUGACAAUUCCCACAUUGCUGUAGAGACUCAGAAGAGGGUGUGGUCUAUUUGUGUGAAAGAAAGUGUGUGUAGAGUGUGAGUGUGUGUUUGUGUGUGUGUAGAGGGAGAGAGUGAGAGUGUAUGGGGUGUGGUCUACAUGUGCAGAGCAUCAGAUGAAUAUUAAUGUCAACAGAGGGGGAAUCCUUCAUUACUACAGAGACACAGGCGGGUGCUGUGUGUGUGAGGCAGGAUGGUGCUGUCGGUGUGUGUGUGUGUUGGGUCCAACUAUUUCACCACUUCAUCCAUGGCUUCUCUUUCUAUUCCUUUAUUAUUUUCUCUUUCUCCUCAGCCCUGGAACACUCUUCUGUUCCAAAGUCCUUCUUUUACCCUUUCUCUCUCUGUUUUCUAUGUUUGACAUGUUUCUCUGGCUGUUUUGUGAGAAGGAGUUGGGGAGAAAAUAAUUAAGUCUCGGGAUUGUGUGAGUGUGUGUGGACUGGGUUGCACACACAUGCUGACAUUCUCAGACAUUUCUGAGAUGAAGAUCUUUUUCUCCUGAGCUCCGGUCUGUCUGCUCACUCUUUUUUGUGAAAACAGACUGAUAUUGUCAUGGAGAUAAAAUAAACCUGAUAAUGUAGUCUAGAACUGUCACACUGAAGCCAGCCCACCUUUUAAUGAUACACUAACUCUCUCUCUCUCUGUCUCUGUCUCUCUCUCUCUCUCUCUCUCUCUCUCUCUCUCUCUCUCUCUCUCUCUCUUUCUCUGUCUCUGUUCUCUGUCUCUCUCUCUCUCUCUCUGCUCUCUCUCUCUCGUUCUCUCUCUCUCUCUCUCUCUCUGUCUCUGUCUCUCUCUCUCUCUCUCUCUCUAUCUCUCUCUCUCUCUCUCUCUCUCUCUCUCUCUCUCUGUGUCUCUCUCUCUAGAUCCACAGCUCAAGGGCAUAGUGACCAGGUUGUACUGCAGACAGGGAUACUACUUGCAGAUGAACCCAGAUGGAUGUCUGGACGGGACCAAAGAUGACGGCACUAACUCCUGUGAGUCCGCACGAACACACACACACACACAGAGGGGGGUAGAUUGAGUGACUGAGUGGCAACCUCCGUCAAUCCAGUGACAGCCAUUUUAUCAGAAGUCAUCCAAUCACAGAUCUCAUACAGUACACGUCUGAUAUAGACAGAUGAGAAGUGACACACAGAAGUCCAGAUGAACACGGCUCUGUGACUAAUGUCAUUUCUCACACGGCUACUACACGCAUGUGUCAAGUCUCAUACACGUCUCGUGUGCCAUUCAUGAAAUUAAGUGUCAUGGUAGCUCACAUGUAUAUACUGUAUCAUUCCAUUGUAGUCAUGUGUGUGUCACAAAUGGUUGACUGAGUAUCUGAAUCUUAUAUAGAUGCAUAGGCUAUUGCAUACGUACGCAUACACAGACACACACACACACACACACACACUCACACACACACAUACACACACAAUAAUGUCUAUUCUAUCUGUAAGAUUUUCAAUCCUCUUUAUUGUGCUGAUUGGUCUCUCAGCUCUGUUCAACCUCAUCCCAGUGGGCCUUCGAGUGGUGGCCAUCCAGUCAGUCAAGAUGGGUCUGUACAUCGCCAUGAACGGGGAGGGACACCUCUACUCAUCA